UAUUUUAUAAUUGAAUAUUUGUGGUAGGCACUGGGCAUAUUAAUUAUACCACUUUUUCAGGAUGUGUAGCUUAUUAUCAUUAAAUUGUACUAAACAGAUUGUACAGGAUAAACAUUAGAAUUUCUAGCAUGUUGUGGAACCAGAUUCCUGUAAAAAGAAGACAUAAAUCUUGUAACACAAGACGUUUGUAAAGAUCCUAAACAUGCACUUUUCCACUCUUUAAUAGCACUUUUUGAGUGGCUUCCAAUUUGAACAAACUCACCGCAAUGUAGACAUGAUACAGAUAACAAUGUUAUUUUAAACCCAGUAUUAGCAUCAAAAUAUUAAACCUGAGAAUAUUAGAACUUUAGAUUUUUAUUUAUUUGUUUGUUUGUUUGUUUAUUUUAAGAAUUUUUUUAGGAUUUUUAAGCACCGUUUUAAACUAUCCCCUUUAAUUUCCAAUAACAUUCCAAUUAUUCCAUAUAAUUGGAAUUAUUUUCAAUUAUUUCCAAUAAAAUAGAAUUCGAGUUCCAAUGAGAUUUAAAGAAACUGAAUUUUUUAUUUAGAUGAGAAUUAUCCUUUCUUUGUAAGUAAAAAUGCUUUGAGAAAAUAAAAUAAACUGUAAAAAAUAAAUGAAAACGUUGAUGUCAGUUUAUUUGCAAAACUUGUUACUCUUGAAAGUUUUAUUAUAGGAAGGUACGGAUGGUAUUUUAUUGUUAGAUUUUAAUAAUAAGUUUUACAUUCUUGGCUGUUUAAUAAUUUAUCUCAUUCAUCUGACGUGUUACUUUGGACUUUGAGGUGUGAAGGUUAGUUCACUCGAUUCACUUUGUAACGUGGGUUAAUGUCGGUCAAGUUAUACGCAAGAUAUGAUACAGUCUUGCCUUUUUUUAAAUCAGAACAAAAGUGUUUUUGUUUAUUUGCAGUUUGCUUGGUUUGUAACAUUGGACACUGUGAUUAAUGUGUUCAUUAUUCAGUAACAGCUACAAUAAAGGCUUUAUGUGAGAUGCACCUCCCCUCUGGGCAGCACACAAUAAAUACUGAUCCAUUCUCUGCUUGCUUGGACUUUUCUAAGUCACACUGGAGGAGAGGAAGAAAUGGAGAAACAAGUGGUGGAUGUAGCAAAGAAAGCCUUCAACACUGGUAGGUCUCGAGUCCUGCGGUACAGAGUUGAGCAGCUCCGAGCUUUACUGCGGCUCAUCAGAGAGAAACAGGCGGAGAUCAGUGCUGCUCUUACACACGACUUGCACAGGAGUGAGUUCAACACACCGCUUUUGGAGCUCAUUGGACUUGAGAAUGAAAUCAAGCUGGCUGAACGUGAACUCAGUGACUGGACAAAACCUCAGCCGGUUCAGAAAAACCUCAUCACCAUGACAGAUGAUGUGUUUAUUAAAGCUGAACCUUUGGGUGUGGUACUGAUCAUUGGCGCCUGGAACUACCCAUGGGCUCUUACCUUGGGCCCGCUCAUUGGAGCAAUUGCAGCAGGCAAUGCUGCUGUGGUGAAGCCUUCAGAACUGAGUAAAAAUUCAGCCAGCCUUCUGAAAGAACUGCUACCUCAGUAUUUGGAUCAGGACAUGUACCAUGUGGUGAUUGGAGGAGUUCCUGAAACGCAGGAGUUGCUAAAGCAGCGUUUCGAUCACAUCUUCUACACAGGAAGCAGUACAGUAGGCAAACUGGUUAUGGAAGCAGCUGCACGCCACCUCACACCAGUCACUCUGGAACUGGGGGGAAAAAGUCCCUGCUAUAUUGAUCAGAACUGUGACCUUGCGGUUGCUAGCCGUCGAAUCACUUGGGGAAAGUUUUCUAACUGUGGCCAGACCUGCAUCGCACCAGACUACAUCCUCUGUAAUGCCAGCAUCCAGAACAGACUGAUUGAAGAGAUUCGCCAGACAUUACAGGAGUUCUACGGUGAGAACCCGAAAAGCUCUCCAGAUUACGGCCGUAUCAUCAACCAGAAUCACUUUGAGCGUGUGCUAGCUCUGAUGGAGGGAUGCACUGUGGCUGUGGGGGGAGAGAGCGAUAAAUCACUGUGUUACAUUGCUCCUACCGUUCUGAAGGAUGUUUUGCCUCACGCCAGGAUAAUGCAAGAAGAGAUCUUUGGACCCGCGCUGCCAAUCAUCACUGUCAGUGAUGUCAAUGAGGCCAUUCGCUUUAUUAAUGACAGAGAAAAACCUUUGGCUCUUUAUGUCUUCUCUUCUGAUAAGAAGGUGAUCAAGCGAAUGCUGAAUGAGACGACUAGCGGAGGAGUGGUGGUUAAUGACGUAAUGAUCCACUACACAAUCAGCUCGUUACCCUUUGGUGGAGUAGGAAACAGUGGGAUGGGCAGAUACCACGGCAAGCACACCUUUGACCAGUUUAGUCACAAACGUGCUUGCCUCAUCAAGUCUUUAGGUAUGGAGAGUCUGAACAAAGCACGCUAUCCUCCACAAACAGCGUCCCGUCUGCGCAGAGCUCGGUUCUUCAUGCAGAGACGCUUAUGCAGCUGUACACAACUCACCAGCACCUGGGCUGUCAUCUCCACCAUGCUGGCCUUGGGUCUGCUCAUUGCCUUACUGGUCGUCCUGCUCAAGGGAAUCGUGAUUUGAAGAUGCCUUAAGACCUACACCUCAAGACAUGCUGCAGAAUUGAAGCAAAGUCUGCCAAACUGUAGUGCAUUUAUUCUUCCUGGCAGUGUUUACAUGUUUUGUUUGCUUGUUCUUAAACCUUCUUACAGAUUCGUACAGCAGCUGAAAUGCCAGUAGGACAAACACAGACUUGUCAGCAUUGCUUAGAUUUCCUGAGCAUUGGACAGGGAAUUUGAAUUGCUGAUGGUUUCGGAUAAGCUGUUUUCACUGUUCAGUGACGGCAGCAACAAAGAGCUUGUUCUUUUCUGCUUCUUGCUUUGAUGCUCAAGCCAGACUCUGAGACUCUCAGGAAGGAUUUGGCAUCAUUGAACUCCAUAAAAUGCCACCAGGUGGCGUCAUGUCACUAUAUUAUAACAUGAACUCAUCUCUUUUUAGUAAUUGUCUCAAUUUAUUUCAGAAGUUUGGAAGUAACACUGUUGUUAUCUUUUGUAAUUAAUUUGUUAAUUAAAAAAACUCAUCAAAUGUCAAAUAAUAUUCACAAUAUAAUAAAAGUGCACACCAAACCCUUUUGAUAUAGAGCCUUCAUUAUCAAAACUAAUGUUUUUCUUUAAAGUGCCAUUAGAACUGAUAAAUCUUUAAUAUUUUGGUCUCGAUUUAUAUCAUGAAAGUCUGACUCUUUGACUGACUCUAAUCCCCUUGAGUCGGAAUAUUUCAAAUUCAGCAUGCAUUGUUCUUCUCAAAUAUCAUCUAGGUUUACAUUCCACAUUUGCUAUACCACAUGCUGGGAAUAGAAAUAGAUUAUACUCGUGUGCUCGUGGACGUCCUGUCUUUUCCAUAUGUGAUUCAUGUGCAGUGAUUCUGUAUUUCAUCAGAUUGCAAUUCUGCCAUGACUCACAGCAUCUAGUGGACCCCUGAGGCAAUGACCCCCCUCUCUGGUACUGCUUUACCACUCUGUACUCUGCAUUCCAGCACAAGCUCAGAGUUGAAGUGUCUGUUUACUUUAGAUUAUAGUCCUUAAUGUGGCUUUACAGUUCUAAGGGAAUACAACAUCACUGAAUAUAUGCAUGCUUCUGAUGCUUUCAGAACUGAAGCUUUGGGGCUUUUUUUUUUUUUUUUUUUAUCAAACUUACUCUACAUCAUCAGUUUUCUUUUUCUUUGUCCACUUGUUUCUACUGAUUCUGUGAACAUCAAGACUGCUGUUUUCUCAAUUAUGGUCACCAAGCUCCUUUAUGUAAUGAGCAUUGCAAUUUAUUUCUUGAGUACAGCAGCUUUUUGAGGCAGGACACAGAUAUAGGUAGACACAGAGUGGGUCAUUUUAAAUCUGUACUCUGAAACAAAAAAAGAAAAAAUGAGAUGACGUUGUAUCGGAGAUAUGAAUUGUGUCUUGCUGACAGAUUAAAAAAAAAUACUG